AUGACAAACCGGACGACAGGUAAAUCACCUUUCAGUAUUGUAUACACUAAACAACCUAACAUUUCUUUGGACAUUACUGUGUUGCCAAAAUGCAAAUCUUCUGCUGCUACAAACUUCACGGAUCAGUAUUCUGAGAUGCUAGCGGAGGUUCGCCAACAAAUCAUUAAAUCCAACCAGCUUUAUAAAGAAACUGCAGACGUUCAUCGCCGACAUAAGACAUUCAAAGUGGGAGAUUUAGUUAUGGUCAGACUUCGCCGAGAGCGGUUUCCACCGGGGACGUACAGUAAGUUGGCGCGACGCAAAAUCGGUCCUGUGCCUAUUGUCACUAAAAUCAACGACAACGCCUACACCGUUGCCUUACCUGCGGAUUGCAACACUUCUUCGACUUUUAAUGUCUCCGACAUCUGGGAGUACAAACCCGCAGAUGAUGGCGUGAUCGCACUAAGCUCGUCGGAGUCGAGCUCUUCUGAAGCCGGGGAGGACUGA